AUGAUUCUUAAUACAACAACGGUUAACGUUGCAUUAGGUUUACCUGGUAUGACCUCUACUUUUAACGGUUUCCAAUUGAUAAGAAUGAGAGUAUUAGCAAUAGUUGCAGCUUCUUCAUCUAUCGUGGCAGGCCUUGUAGGGAUGCAUUAUUUAAUGCUGGCAGAUAGAAGAAAAAGAAUGUUUAGACACGAAAUGAUUUUAUUUUUAAUUGUUUGUGAUUUUAUUAAAGCUUUAGUCUUAGUCAUUUAUCCAGUUGUCAUCCUAAUUGAUGAAUAUCAUUAUUCAAAUCCUGUCUUUUUCAAUAUUCUUGGUUGGUUUACUGCAUUUUCAAUCGAAGGUGCAGAUUUUGCUAUUAUUUUUGUCGCUGUACAUUUUGCAUUAUUAAUAUUUAAACCAAAUUGGAGAUGGAAAAAUAAAAGAACAGGAAAUUUAGAAGGUGGACUUUAUAAAUAUAAAUUUAUCAUUUGGCCUGUAACAUUUAUUGUUCCUAGUGUUAUGGCUUCAUUAGUAUUCAUUGAUUAUAAUGUUAUUAAUUAUGAUAUGGUAACAGAUAAAGUAAGAAUCAUUCAAGAUAAUAAUAAUUAUGAUUUUAAAUUUGAACCAAGAAGAGGUGGUUAUAAACCAUGGAGUGCUUGGUGUUAUUUACCUCCAAAACCAUUAUGGUAUAAAUAUGUUUUAUCAUGGGGUUUAAGAUAUGUUUUAAUUCUUUCUAUCUUUGGAAUUUAUUUUGCAAUUUACAUCUAUGUAAUGCAAGAGACUAAAAGAAUUAGAAAACAAUUAGGUGAUUUUAAUCCAAAUGAUAAAAAUGGUAGUGGACCAAGAAAAAUUAGAAAAAAAAGACCAUUUUGGCAGAAAAUUUUAUAUGUUCCAUUUAUUAAACUAUGGGACUUAGUCAUGGGAUUUUUCUCAUUAUCCAUUGUUGAUCAAAUGAGUUCAGAUUCAGAUAGUGACUCUAAGAGUCUUGGUAUGGAUUUUAUUAAAAAACCAAUACACAACAAACAUAUGCAUAAUGAUGAAAAUGAUGCCGAUGGUGAUAACAACGGUAACUAUCAUCAAGUUGGUCAAGGCAGUAAUAAACAUAAUAUCGAUACAAUUACUAAUUCAUACUCAUUGACUGAUCAAAUAAUAUUCCCAGACUCCCUAAGAAACGAACGUAUAACGAGUAAUAAUACUACUACUGGUGAUAUACCGAAUUCACAAAGUCAUGGUUCUGCUCCAUCAACACCAUUCAGAUCAGAUCAUGAUAGUUAUGAAAUGACAAACAUGACACCACCAAAUGAUGCAAGAACAAAUUCAGAUAUUAACAAAGAAGUAGAUUUAACUGGGGUGAGAUUAAGCUUCCAACGUGAAACUUAUAAUAAAAUGAAAAGAAGAAGAAUGCAAGUUCAAAAGAAUUUGCGUUUUAUUUUUAUUUAUCCAUUCUCAUAUUUGGUUAUUUGGUCAUUUCCUAUUGCAUCCGAUAUUUCACAAACAAGACAUGAAGUGGUCCAUGGUCCAAUUGUUUGGCUAACAUAUGUUGAUACUUUCAUUAGACCAUUAAGUUGUUUAAUUCAUACUUUCGUCUUUAUUUUAAGAGAAAAACCUUGGAACCUAGCAUGGAAUAUCGUUGAAAGAUCUUUCCUAUUCGAUGAAUAUAAAGGUAGAGGUAAAAUGACGGAAGAAAAAAUUAUGGCUCUCUGUAACAGUGAUCUAGGAAGACGGGGCUGGUAUUAUAGAGGUAGAUGGUCAAAAUUGUCUUGUUGGAAACAUCAACCACAAUUCUGGAAAAGAGCCUUAUGGUACAUAGGUAUUACAAUAAAGGGGAUUUUCCAAUUUAAAAUUGUUUACCACGAUAAUUGUAACGACACCGAAUAUUGGAACCGUUACUAUUUCGCUGAAGAGUCGUCAAACAUUAGCACUACUAAUUCUCACGGAAAUCAAGGAGAUAUGGAAAGUCCAAACCCAAAGCAAUCAACACGCCCAGAAACCAUUGUUUCAUUUUCGACCAACACAUCAAACGGUAUGAAUAACCAGGAAUCUCAUCAAGAUAAAUUUACCAUUAAUGUGCCAUGGUAUUGGAGAGUUUUCCAUUAUUUUCCUAUGUUACAUGGUAUUGAUCUUGAUGAAUUAAACAGAUCAUUAUAUCUAAAUUACGAAAGCGAUACCGAAUUAAUGGGACCUGGCUUUGAGUUAGCCUUAAAUAAACUCGCAAAGAGCAAUCAUUCAAACACUUCAGAAAACAGUCAAUCUCAAGAUAACACAAGUGAAAAUCCAUUUAAUAAUAUUCCAACAAAAAACCUAUCCGAAUCUUUUAAUCAUGAUUCUAAUAAUAGUAUUCAUAGUAUUCACUCAUCAAACUAUGACGCAAAUCGUAACAAUGCUUCAACAGCUCUACAUUUUGAUGAACCGACAAACUUCUCGAAAAAUAGUACAAUAAGAAGAAAACGUAGAGAUAGUCGUUACGAUCAAGAUGUUCUCGAUGAGGAUCUUGAUGGCAUGGAUAUUUUGACAUUUUUAAAAGGUCCGGGGGUUUAA